UAAUUCAAUUUCAUUAUUGCGCCACUGGCCUUCAAGCGGAGAUCUCGCAAACUAUUAUGUGAUUGCGGGCCUGUGUCAGUCAGAUCAGAUAUAGGACAGUGUCUGCUUUACCAACAAAUUUUAAGAUAAAAACAGCAUAUUCUUCAAAGCAGUAGAAAGUAUCUUGAGAAUUGAAACGUUUAUUAAUGUUUAUCUAUUAAAAAAUAUGUCGUGGAUUCGAGAAAGUAAGUUAAAUUGGAUUCAACGUUUGGCUAUUAGAAUUGUAAAAACUGGCCAUAUACCUAAGCAUGUUUCAUUUAUCAUGGAUGGAAAUAGACGUUAUGCUAGAAAGAAUAAUGUGGGAAAAGUUGAAGGACAUUCCAAAGGCUUUGAUAAAUUGUCAGAAACAUUACAAUGGUGCUUCCAACUUGGAAUUUUUGAAGUAACAGUUUUUGCCUUCAGUAUAGAAAAUUUUAAAAGAACUAAACAGGAGGUUGAUGAUCUUCUAGAACUUGCCAGACAAAAAUUCCAGCGUCUUCUUGAUGAAAGUGAUAAAUUAAACGAACACGGAAUUUGUAUACGAGUAAUUGGAAACCUCUAUUUAAUUCCAGAAGAAAUAAAAAAACAAAUAGCAGAUGCUGUUCUUAUUACAAAAAAUAAUAAGAAUGCUAUUCUCAAUAUUGCUUUUGCAUACACGUCGUCAGAUGAAAUUACCAAUUCAGUGACUAAUAUCGUUAAAAGUGUAAAUAGAUCCGAAUUAAUGUUAGAGGAUAUUAGUGAAGACAUCAUAAAUAACAGUUUAUACACCAGACAUUCCCCAGAACCUGAUCUACUAAUUCGCACAUCCGGAGAAAUAAGAUUUAGUGAUUUUCUAUUGUGGCAAAUUUCAAAUUCUUGCAUUUAUUUCUCGGAUAAAUUGUGGCCAGAAUUUUCUGUAUAUGAUUUAUUAGCUGGUGUUUUAUAUUAUCAAAGAUGUAAAAAUGACUUGGAAUUAACAUCUAGACAAUUAAAAGGAAAACCUCCAAUUCGAAAUAGUAGAAUCAUGUCAUAUUUCUGUAGACUAGAUCAGAAUGAUCAAAUGUUACUGGAAGAAAGUUUAAAAAUUAAAUGUAGUGAUUAAAUUUAAAAUAAGUGAAUAAAAUAUUUUUUUCCUUAAUCA